AUGGAUCUCACAACUCUAUUUCACAACCUUCGCGAAGAAGUGUCUUGUUCGGUGUGUUCGGACUUGUUCACAGAUCCUAAACAACUCUCCUGUCUGCACAGUUUUUGCUUGAAAUGUGUAAAUCAGUGGUACGAGACGUGCGGCGGUGGAGACGCCAUUAAAUGCCCAAAAUGCCAAACGCUAAGCAGAAUACCAGCAAGCGGUGAUCUUAAAGAUCUUCCAACAAGCUUUUAUUUGAACGGUUUUAUCGAUGUUCUUGCCAUCAAAGAAUGCAAGAACACUCAACUAACAUGCGGAAACUGUGACAAGAAGAGCUCGGAAGCGUCGUAUUGUUUCCAGUGUUGCAUAUUUUAUUGCGAAGAAUGCUUAAUGUUUCACAGUAAAAUGUGA